ACCUGUACAGAGAUGUGAUGAUAGAGAUCUGUAGGCACCUGGUCUCCUUGGAGUAUGUUAUCUCUAAGCCAGACCUGGUUCGCUUGUUGGAGCAAAAGACAGAUCCCUGGGAUGUGAAGGGAAUGGAGACAGUAGCCAUACAGCCAGCCCUGUCUUCUCAUGACACCCAGGGUUUGAUGCCACCAAACCCAGGCAUGGAACUUUUCUUACAGACAGCGCUGCUGGGAGAAUUUGAAAGCUCUCCUGUUGGUACUUUUGAUUUAGUUAGAGGCAGUGAAGGUAAGGGGGCAUGUGAAGGGCAGGAAGGUUAUUAUGAUGCACAUGCUCCUCAUGGGACUUUUGUCCAUAUGGAAAAUGUUACUGCUAAAAGAGAUCAAGGAUCUAAAUCAAACUGUGAAAAACUCCACUUUAAGUCAGUACCUUUGGCAGAAAAAUAUAUUUUUGAGAGCAAAGGUCCACGUUAUUUAUUGAAACAUAGAUCUUCUCUGAAAAGAAAUUUGGAAAAUCAGGAUCAUCCUAUAGACUGUAGUACAAAAGAUGAUGCAAAACAUGAAGGUAUGCUUGGACGAAACAUUCAUUCAAACAUUUAUGAACACCAGAAGUUUAAAAAUGGAGGGCAACCCCCCCAAAGUGAUCAAAUCGGGAGAUCUAAUAGCAAGGGUUCAUCAGUCUUCAAGCAACAAACAUUUCCUCAUUGUUCUGACAUCCCUAAUGUUCACACUAAAGGGGGGGUCUUGAUCCAACCAUCAUCAAUCAAUGGGUGUGAUAAUAUAGUUAAUAUAGACCAACAUGCCAUGUGUACUAAAGUGAGCAAGGCCUUCAGUAAGAGCUGUGUAUUCAGUGAUUAUAAGAGUAUACACACUGGAACAAUAAGUGAUGUCUGCAUUGAAUCUCAGACUAACUUUGACCCAGACUCAAAUCUCAUGAAAUGUCAGGGAUCUCAAUUUUCAGAGAACCAGUCAAUAGGAAAUCAACAUAGGAAUGUCAUUUCUCAAAGCUCAGAUCUCACAACAUUUCAGAGAAUUUGUAUUCGAGAGAAAGCUUGCCAUUUUCGUGAGUGCAGCCAAGUUUUUAGCCAGGCUUCAAGACUUACUCAACAUCAGCAUCAUCCUACCAGGAAGGAAGGCUGCAAGUGUGAAGAACAUGAGAAGGUCUGUAAUCAGUCGUUAAAUCUGCGAAGAGAUACGAAAAAACAAACUGGAGGGAAACCUGACAAAUGUGAAGAAUCUACAUCGUAUUCAGCUUUUACUAGACAUCAUCUAAUUCAUACUACAAAGAAGCCUCACAAAUGCACAGAAUGUGGCAAAGCCUUUAGAUGGCGUUCAUGUCUUUCUGAGCAUCAGAGAAUUCAUACUGGAGAGAAGCCUUACAAAUGUACAGAGUGUGGCAAAGCCUUUAGAUGCCGUUCAUAUCUCUCUGAGCAUCAGAGAAUUCAUACUGCAGAGAAGACGUACAAAUGUACAGAAUGUGGCAAAGCCUUUCAUUGGCAUUCAUCACUUACUAAGCAUAAGAGGUCUCAUAAUAGAGAGAAGCCUUACAAAUGUACAGAAUGUGGCAAAGGAUUUAAUCAGCAUUCUCGUCUUACUGAGCAUCUGAGGUCUCAUACUGGAGAGAGGCCUUACAAAUGUACAGAAUGUGGCAAAGGCUUUACUCGGAAUUCAAUUCUUACUGAGCAUCUGAGGUCUCAUAAUGGAGAGAGGCCUUACAAAUGUACAGAAUGUGGCAAAGGCUUUACUCAGCAUUCAUCUCUUACUCAACAUCUGAGGUCUCAUACUGGAGAGAAGCCUCACAAAUGUACAGAAUGUGGCAAAGGCUUUAAUCGGCAUUCUCGUCUUACUAAGCAUCUGAGAUUUCAUACUGGAGCAAAGCCUUUCAAAUGUACGGAAUGUAGCAAAGCCUUUAAUAGGCAAUCUCAUCUUACUGAGCACCUGAGAUCUCAUACUGGAGAGAAGCGUCACAAAUGUACAGAUUGUGGCAAAACUUUUCGUUAUCGUUCUCGUCUUACCCAUCAUCAGAGCUCUCAUACUGGAGAGAAGCCUCACAAGUGUACAGAAUGUGGCAAAGGCUUUAAUCAGCAUUCAUCUCUUACUCUACAUCUGAGUUCUCAUACUGGAGAGAAGCCACACAAAUGUACAGAAUGUGGCAAAGCCUUUACUUGGCAUUCAUCUCUUACUCGGCAUUUGAAUUGCCAUGCUAAAGAGAAGCCUUACGAAUGUACAGAAUGUGGCAAGGCCUUUCAUCAGCAAUAUCAUCUUACUCAGCAUUUGAGAUCUCAUACUGGAGAGAAGCCGUACAAAUGUACAGAAUGUGGCAAAGCCUUUCAUUGGUGUUCUUACCUUACUGAACAUCUGAGAUCACAUACUGGAGAGAAGCCGUACAAAUGUACAGAAUGUGGCAAAGCCUUUCGUUGGCAUUCAUCUCUUACUCAACAUCUGAGAUUUCAUACUGGAGAGAGUCUGUACAAAUGUACAGAAUGUGGCAAAGCCUUUCAUUGGCAUUCAUCUCUUACUCAACAUCUGAAAUCUCAUACUGGAGCAAAUCUUCACAAAUGUACAGAAUGUGGCAAAGCCUUCAAUUGUCAUUCUCGUCUUACUCAGCAUCUGCAUUCUCAUUCUGGAGAGAAACCUUACACGUGUGCAGAAUGUGGCAAAGGCUUUAACCGGAAUUCAUCUCUUACUGAGCAUCUGAGAUCUCAUACUGGAGAGAGACCGUACAAAUGUGCAGAAUGUGGCAAAGGCUUUACUCGGCAUUCAGUUCUUACUAAACACCUGAGGUCUCAUACUGGAGAGAGGCCUUACACAUGUACAGAAUGUGGCAAAGGCUUUAAUCAGCAUUCUCAUCUUACUAAUCAUCUGAGAUCUCAUACUGGAGAGAAGCCUUACAAAUGUACAGAAUGUGGCAAAGGCUUUAACCAGAAUUCAUCUCUUACUGUGCAUGUGAUGUCUCAUACUGGAGAGAGGCCUUACAAAUGUGCAGAAUGUGGCAAAGGCUUUACUCGGCAUUCAUCUCUUACUCAACAUCUGAGAACUCAUACUGGAGCGAAGCCUUUCAAAUGUACAGAAUGUGGCCAAGCCUUUCGUUGGCAUUUAUCUCUUAGUCGGCAUCAGAGAUCUCAUUCUGGAGAGAAGUCAUAAAAAUGUACAGAAUGUGACAAAGCCUUUAUCAGCAGUCAGGUUUUUAUCAGCAUUGGUGACCUCACACUGGAGAGAAGUCUUACAAGAUGUACAAACUGUGACAAAACUUUUAAGUGUCAUGCAAGCUUGACUCAACAUCAGGGAAUUCAUACUGGGUAAAAACCAUACAAAUGUAAUCAAUGUGGCCAAGCCUUUACAUUUUGCCUUUUUUUUUUUU